ACAGCCAGCCGUGGAGCUCCUGAAGCUUCUCCAUCCCAGAUCCCCAAGGUUCACCGUUCCUGGGCAGUCUGAGAGGCCACAAACCCCACCCCAGGACCCUUCCCGGGGUUCACGCCAGGCUGGCCACCCAACCACUGUCCUGGCUGGCCUGCCUCCUGGGCCUGCAAAUGGAGCCACUCCUGCAGCCCCACCCCGAGUGCUGACAGUGCCUCACGCUUUGUGCCCACUGCCCAGGGCACUGGCACCUCUGCAGGCAGCUAGGAACCCCAGGGCCCUCUGCCAGGGGUCCCUGGGGUCUUCCUCCCAGGAAUGGGUUGGGUGCUGAGGGGCUUAGACAUGACGGGUAACAAAGUCAUGGUCAUUGGCUCCUCAGAGCCUGCCUGUCUGGGUCACUGUGCCCAGAGGGCCUGGUGGCGGCAUCAGGGUAAAGGAGCCCAAGGUGUGCAAACCCACAGGCCUGGGAGAUUGAGGAUGUUUCCAGGGGCCCCAGGCUGGGCAGGUGGGAACAAAUGAGAGUUUUGCUAAACAAAUCUCCCCACCCUCCUGCACUCACAUAACUGGGCCCCCACCUGGUUUGCCCACUGCCAUCCCUGCUGGACGCUGCUGCCUGCCAUGCCAGGCCUGGCUUUCCUGGGCCUUGCAGCUCUCCUUGGCCUCAGGGCAGGGACCCCACUGUGCCUGUCCCGGCAGCUCAGGAUGCAGGGGGAUUACGUGCUGGGCGGGCUCUUCCCCCUGGGCUCUGCCGAGGAUGCUGACCUGAGCAGCAGGAUGCAGCCCACCACCACGGUGUGCACCAGGUUCUCGGUCCUUGGCCUACUCUGGGCGCUGGCCAUGAAGAUGGCUGUGGAGGAGAUCAACAACGCGACAGCCCUGCUGCCAGGGGUACAGCUGGGCUACGACCUCUUUGACACGUGCUCAGAGCCUGUGGUGGCCAUGAAGCACAGCCUCACGUUCGUGGCCAAAGCCGGCAGUCACACCAUUACUGCGCACUGCGAUUACACACAGCACCAGCCCCGCGUGCUGGCUGUCGUCGGGCCCCACUCGUCUGAGCUCGCCCUUGUCACUGGCAAGUUCUUCAGCUUCUUCCUUAUGCCUCAGGUCAGCUACGGCGCCAGCACGGACCGGCUGAGCAACCGGGAGCUGUUCCCGUCCUUCUUCCGCACUGUGCCCAGCGACCGCGUGCAGGCGGUGGCCAUUGUGGAGCUGCUGCAGGCGCUCAGCUGGAACUGGGUGGCCGCGGUGGGCAGCGAUGACGAGUAUGGCCGGCAGGGCCUGAGCCUCUUCUCCAGCCUGGCCACCUCCCGGGGCAUCUGCAUUGCCCACGAGGGCCUGGUGCCGCGGCUGGGCGCCGGCAGCCAGCAGCUGGGUGCUGUGGCGGGCGUGCUGCAGCAGGUGAACCGAAGCAGCGUGCAGGUGGUGGUGCUCUUCUCCUCCGCGCGCGCUGCCCACACCCUCUUUAGCUACAGCAUCCACGGCAGGCUCUUGCCCAAGGUGUGGGUAGCCAGCGAGGCCUGGCUAACCUCGGACCUGGUCAUGACACUGCCUGGCAUGUCCCAGGUGGGCAGUGUGCUCGGCUUCCUGCAGCAGGGCGCCCCGAUGCCUGAGUUCUCAUCCUACGUGCGGACCUGCCUGGCCCUGGCCGCCGACCCCACCUUCUGCGCCUCGCUAGACGCUGAGCCACCGGGCUUGGAAGAGCACGGGGUGGGGCUGCGCUGUCCCCAGUGUGACCACAUCACACUGGAGAACGUGUCUGCCGGGCUGCUGCGUCACCAGACCUUCACUGCGUACGCGGCUGUGUACAGUGUGGCUCAGGCUCUCCACAACACGCUGCUCUGCAAUGCCUCGGGCUGCCCCAGACGGGAGCCCGUGCGGCCCUGGCAAGUGAGGGCAUGGCACCCUGCCAGCACCUGCAUGUGGCCUGGGCCACCGGGUGUCCCCAGAAGCGAUGUUGGCGGGGUGUCUGGGCUGGUGACUGCCCUUGGCCCGUCCCAUUCACUGCCUCAACCCCCUCACCAGCUCCUGGAGAACAUGUACAACAUGAGCUUCCGCGCACGUGGCCUGGCACUGCGGUUUGACACCAGUGGGAAUGUGGACAUGGACUAUGACCUGAAGCUGUGGGUGUGGCGGGACCUGGUGCCUGAGCUGCGUACCGUGGGCACCUUCAGUGGCCGCCUGCAGCUCUGGCACUCCCGUAUGUACUGGCACACUCCAGGAAAUAAGGUGAGUGUGGGGUCGCCUGUCCACGGACACACAGCGGCUUCCUUGUGGCCAGGAGCAAGCUGUGGCUUGACUGGAGGGCCUGGGGGCCACCUCAGGACUUGGGUGGGUGCACACACCCUUCUGAGCCCUGGGGCCCCAUGCCAGGAGCCCGUGUCCCAGUGCUCCAGGGAGUGUGAGAAGGGCCAGGUGCACCGUGUGAAGGGCCUCCACUCCUGCUGUUAUGACUGUGUGGACUGCAAGGCAGGCAGCUACCUGCACAGCCCAGAUGACCUCAUUUGCACCCAGUGUGACCAGGACCAGUGGUCACCAGACAGGAGCACACGCUGCUUCCCUCGGCGGCCCAGGUUCCUGGCGUGGGGGGAGCCGGCCAUGCUGGUGCUGCUCCCGCUGCUGGGCCUGGCCCUGGGGCUGGCGCUGGUGGCCCUGGGGCUCUUCAUCCAGCACCGGGGCAGCCCACUAGUCCAGGCCUCAGGUGGGCUGCAGGCCUGCUUCGGCCUGGUCUGCCUGGGCCUGGUCUGCCUCAGCACUGUCCUGUUCCCUGGCCAGCCCGGCCCCGCCAGCUGCCUGGCACAGCAGCCGCUGCUCCACCUCCCGCUCACUGGCUGCCUGAGCACACUCUUCCUGCAGGCAGCUGAGAUCUUCAUGCAGUCAGAGCUGCCGCCAAACUGGGCGGGCAUGCUGCGUGGCUGCCUACGGGGGCCCAGGGCCUGGCUGGCGGUGCUGCUCGCCAUGCUGGUGGAGGCGGCACUGUGUGCCUGGUACCUAGUGGCUUUCCCGCCAGAGGUGGUGAUCGACUGGCGAGCGCUGCCCACAGAGGCCCUGCUGCACUGCCGUAUGCACUCCUGGAUCGGCCUUGGCCUGGUGCAUGCCGCCAACGCCUCACUAGCCUUCCUCUGCUUCCUGGGCACCUUCCUGGUACAGAGCCCACCUGGCCACUACAGUAACGCCCAUGGCCUCACCUUUGCCAUGCUGGCCUACUUCAUUACCUGGACCUCCUUCGUGCCCCUCUUUGCCAAUGUGCACGUGGCCUACCAGCCUGCCGUGCAGAUGGGCGCCAUCCUCCUCACUGCCCUGGGCAUCCUGGCCACCUUCCACCUGCCCAAGUGUUACCUGCUCUUGUGGCGGCCAGAGCUCAACACCCCUGCGUUCUUCCUAGAAGGCGGGCCUGGCAAUGCCAGAGGACGGGGUGGCAGUGGAGGUGGGGAGGAAACUUAGCAAAAAUGAGUGCCCCCUGACCUGGUGACCUCACCCCAGUGAAUCCAGACCUAGCUGACCAAGUCCCUACACAGCAACCCCCAAACUGUGCUGGACUCUGCUGAGACCUCACCCCCAGCUCUAGAUCCUGACCCCAAGCUGACUGCUGACCUUGACCCCACAGUGGCCCUGGGGCCUGCAGCACGCAAGAGGAGCCCCAGCCCCAUGGGAUCGCACCACCUUGGGUCACAGAGAGCCAGGUUCUGUCCCUGAGCCCCACUGCUCCGGAGAGACCCAGGGAGGGUUCCUCAGGG